AUGGCCAUUAGACGUGAAGAGCAACGUGCGAAAAGGCGAAGAACAUUUGUAGAAAAGGACUUACAAGCUAGAGAAGCGGGUGUUCCAUUACGUGUUCUGGAGAUGGACAAUUAUUUUGAUCUGAAAAAAGAACAAUACGUAAAUUGGCCACAACCUAUUACUAAAGAUAUUGCGAAUAAUGCGUUAAUGGAAUUUCGUAAAAAUACAAUGUGUGACUCACUUGAAGAAUUGCCUUGCGUGGUUUGUUCUGAGAUGUUUUCAUCGGAACAUUGGUCCGUGGUUCCAGUAAAAAAGAUAAAUUUGUCAUUACUAAAAAUUGACAAAAAAUUUGAGAAAUUAUUUUUCGAUGUAAAUUUCAACUAUGGACAUCUAUGCAUUGACAAAAGUGGACAUAAAAUUCUGUUAGAUAUGAAUGGGUUUGUUAAACAAAAUAUGCCAGGAAGUAAAGACCCUUUUAAUCUUCGUAUAUGCGUGAAUUGUAAAAGAUCAUUGGAUAUAGGUAAAACUCCAUUGUUAUCUUUAGCGAAUGUUUGGAUUGGACCAGUUUCAUUAUGUCUUCAGAGAUUAACGAUCCCAGAACAGCUCUUAAUUUCUACGGGAUAUCUGUGUAUAAAUCUUAUUCAACUUACCAACCAACAACAUACACAUCACAAGCUGAAAGGCCAUGUAAUCACUUUUACUCAAAACCCGGUAUCGCUUACUACUGUUUUACCUUUACCUAUGUAUCAUUUAUGCGACAACCUGAAAGUAGUAUUUGUUGGUCAAGGUCAACUGUCUGAAGCACAGUUAAAAAAAAUAUUACGGGUAAGAAAAAGUAAAGUUAUUGACGCUUUAAAUUGGUUAAUAAAUCAUAAUAUCCUGUAUAAAAAGGUUAGGAUAGAUGGAAUAGCAUUGAAUUCUUUACCAGAAGAUGAAAUUCUGAUGGCUUUAAUGGCAACCACUGUAAUAGUUGAUACAGAUCCAAAAGAAAUAGAACAUUAUACUGGAUAUGUUACAGAUCUAAUUGAUGAUAAUAACAUGAAUGAUCUAGAAAAUGAUGAAUUAAAUAUUAGUAGUGAACAAUUUGAUAAUACUAAACAUAAUUUCACUAACAAUGAAGAAGAAUUAAGAAAUUCGGGUAUGGCAUGCGCAGAUAUUUCUUUCUCUGAAAAAAACUGUACUUUAAAAUUGCUUGAAAAGAUGAUUGAGGAAUCAGAUGCUGUUAAAAAUAAUUACUCUAAAACAAUUUUAAUGCUACAUUCGAAUUACCCCCAAAAUGAAUAUACAGAUCUCAUACUUUUACCUGCUGCAUUUUUUGUUUUAUUUCCUUAUGACAUUGGCGGUCAUGAAGAUAAAUUUCGCAAACAAUAUAUAUCAUUCAAACAAUAUACCAACCACUUGUUGUGUCUUCAUGACCCUAGGUUCAGACAACAUUGA